AUGCCCACCGUCAUCAGAGUGCCGUGCUCGUCGGCCAAUAUUGGCCCCGGCUUCGACGUCAUCGGCCUCGCGCUCAACCUGUACCUCGAGCUGGAGGUCAGCGUGACGCACAAGGAGCGCUCCGAGCACUCGCUCAACUGCCGCAUCACGUACGAGGGCGUGGGCGCAGAGGACGUGCCGCUUGUUGCCGCGGACAACCUCAUCACGCGCACCGCCGUCUACGUGCUGCGCUGCCACGGCGUGCGCGCGUUCCCCGCGGAGACACACGUCCACGUCCGCAACCCGAUUCCCCUGGGCCGUGGCCUGGGCUCGUCGGCGGCGGCGAUUGUCGCGGGCGUGCACCUGGCGAACGAGGUCGGCCGCCUGGCGCUGUCCAAGGCACGCAUGCUGGACUACUGCCUGAUGGAGGAGCGGCACCCGGACAAUGUCGCCGCCGCGCUGUACGGCGGCUUCGUGGGCACGUAUCUGAACGAGCUGUCGCCCGAGGACACGGAGCGCCUCGAGAUUCCGCGCAGCGAGGUCCUGCCUGAGCCUGCGGGCGGCAUCGACACGGGCCUGCGGCCGCCGCAGCCGCCGCUCAACAUCGGACACUACACCAAGUUCCCCUGGUCGGCCGACAUCAAGUGCAUCUGCAUCAUCCCGCAGUUCGAGGUCUCUACGGCAAAGGCCCGCGCCGUGCUGCCCGAGUCGUACUCGCGCAGGGAUGCCAUCUUCAACAUGCAGCGCCUGGCUGUCCUCACCACCGCCCUCGGCCAGUCGCCGCCCGACCCUGACAUGAUCUACACGGCCAUGCAGGACAAGCUGCACCAGCCCUACCGCCGCGGCCUGAUCCCGGGCCUCACCGAGAUCCUGCAGUCCGUCACGCCCCAGUCGCACCCCGGCCUGCUCGGCAUCUGCCUCUCUGGUGCCGGUCCCACCAUCCUCGCCCUCGCGACCGCGAACUUCGACUCGAUCGCGGACCACCUGCUCGCCGAGUUCAAGAAGGAGGGCAUCACAUGCGACUGGAAGCUGCUCCAGCCCGCCACAGACGGCGCCACAGUCUCCAACUCGCUCAGCGCCACACCUGCCGAGGCCCUGACCUACGCCUCCUCUGGCGUCAGCAUCGACGCCGGCAACCAGCUCGUCCAGCAGAUCAAGGCCUCGACAAAAUCCACCCGUCGGCCUGGCGCAGACGGCGAGAUCGGCGGCUUCGGCGGUCUCCUGGACCUGCAAGCCGCUGGCUACACAGAAGCACCCAUCCUGGUCGGCGCCAUCGACGGCAUCGGGACGAAAGUCAAGAUCGCCUUCGAAAUGGGCAAGCACGACACAGUUGGCAUCGAUCUGGUCGCCAUGAACGUCAAUGACCUCGUUGUCCAGGGCGCGGAGCCCCUCAUGUUUCUCGACUACUAUGCGUGCUCGCGCCUCGACAUCGCGAGCGCUGCCAAGUUCAUCGAGGGCGUUGCAAACGGGUGCAGACAAUCAGGUGCUGCGCUUGUUGGCGGCGAGACGGCAGAGAUGCCUGGCAUCUACCAGGACGGCGAGUACGACGCUGGUGGAGCAGCCAUUGGCGCCAUCAGGAAGGGUGCUACCAUCCUUCCCGACACAGCAGCCAUGCGGGAAGGCGACGUGCUACUCGGCAUGUCCAGCAGCGGCGUGCACUCCAACGGCUUCAGUCUGGUCCGCAAAAUCGUCGAGCGCUCCGGUCUCUCUUUCCACGAUACCGCGCCCUGGAGUCCUGAGCAGAACAUCGGCACUGCGCUCCUCACGCCGACCAAGAUCUACGUCAAGCCGCUCCUGGCUGCCGUCCGCAAGGACCUGCUGAAGGGCAUGGCGCACAUCACCGGCGGCGGGCUGAGCGAGAACAUCCCCCGCAUGCUGCCGAAGCAUUUGGCUGCCGAGCUCGACGCAAAGACAUGGCCGCUGCCGGACGUGUUCAAGUGGCUGAAGAAGACGGGCGCUCUGGAGGCGAGGGAGUUCCAGCGCACGUUCAACACGGGGCUGGGCAUGGUCAUCGUUGUCAGCCCCGAGAAGGCGAAGGAGGCGCUGCAGUUCCUGCAGGCUGAGGGCGAGAGCGUGUUCGAGAUCGGGCGGCUGGUUAGCAGGGCCGAUGAGGAAGUCAUCAUCCACAACAUGGAGGUUUGGGGUUAG